AUGGAGUGUUCCCGAGUUUUGUCAGCAUCCGAGUUGCCCUCAUUGCCACCAAUUUCUCUUCAACGCGACACGACACACCGUUACGGCGAACACGACCAUCUGUUGCGGCCUGUUGCCCUUCCAUUGCUCAGUGGGUCACGUCGUAUUAGGCAGUUGAACUCGUUCACCACAUACCCACCUUCAACAGUCCAUCUGCUUCCACCCGUGGAUACUCCAGACUAUCAUGGACCCCGACUGCCCCUGACGAAUUCGACGUCGGGCAAGUAUACGUGGCAGGUGGUGACCGAGAAUGUGCCCGCUUUCUACACUGCUCCUCCACGCCGAAAGCCAUUCUUCCAAUCGAAGAAGAAGCAGCAGAAAGUGGAGUGUAGUGUGGAGGAAGAGGUUGACAAGCACGAAGUUGAGGAGAAGACCCACAACUCACCUGUCAAAUCCACCAACUCAAGGCGCCGUCGUCGGUGUCGCAGGAGAAAACCACUUGCAAGUUUGUCACAAAGCGGAAGUUGA